GGGGCCGGUGCGGAGCGCGGUUGCUCGGCGGCAGGCGGCGGCGGCGGCGGCGGCGGCCUGAGCUCCCUCCCGGGCAGCGCUCUCCCCCUCCCGGUCUCUUUUCCUUCCCACCGCGGCCAGCAUGAAAGCCUUCAGCCCCGUGCGGUCCGUCCGGAAGAGCAGCUUCUCGGACCACAGCCUGGGCAUCUCCCGGAGCAAGACCCCGGUGGACGACCCGCUGAGCCUGCUGUACAACAUGAACGACUGCUACUCCAAGCUCAAGGAGCUGGUGCCCAGCAUCCCGCAGAACAAGAAGGUGAGCAAGAUGGAAAUCCUGCAGCACGUCAUCGACUACAUCCUGGACCUGCAGAUCGCCCUGGACUCGCACCCCGCCAUCGUCAGCCUCCACCACCCGAGGCCCGGGCCGAACCCGGGCUCCCGGACGCCGCUGACCACGCUCAACACCGACAUCAGCAUCCUGUCCCUGCAGGCCUCCGAAUUCCCUUCCGAGUUGAUGUCCAGCGACAGCAAGGCGCUCUGCGGCUGAGCCCACGUCUUUUACAGGUGGUUCAGGACUUUCUGCUUUUAAUUUUCUUUUUGCACAACAACACGAAGUCCGCAGAGUCCCCUUCACGGCGCUGAACUUUACUUUUUCAACCAUUUCGCCCGGAGAACACCCAGUUGAAUGGACUUUUUUUUUUUUUAAGAAAAAGAAAGAAAAGCAAGUGAAAGGAAAACUAGGAGGGGGGGACCGUCUUGUCUUCCCAGGGGGCUCGCUCCUUCUCUGGCCUGGACUGUGAUACUUGUUAUUUAUGAAAAAGACUCUUAAAUGCCCUUUCUGCAGUUGGAAGGUUUUCUUUAUAUAUACUAUUCCCACCAUGGGGAGUGAAAAAAAAAAAAAACGUUAAAAAUCACAAGGAAUUGCCCAAUCUUAGCAGACUUUGCCUUUUCUCAAAGGUGGAGCGUGAAUACCGGAAGGAUUCAGUGUUCAGUUACUUAAAUGAAGUCUUUUGGUCAAAAUUUACUUUUUGACCCAAGCCUACUGAAUGCUGUGUAUAUAUUUAUAUAUAAAUAUAUAUGUAUAUUGAGUGAGACCUUGUAAACUCUUUAAUUAGAGUUUUCUUGUAUAGUGGCAGAGAUGUAUAUUUCUGCAGGAAAAUGUAAUGAUGUACUUAUUCGUGCUAAACUUUUUAUAAAAGUUUAGUUGUAAACUUAACCCUUUUAUACAAAAUAAAUCAAGUGUGUUUAUUGAA